AUGCACAAAAUCAUAUUUGCCGCCGCAGCGCUUGCUGCCACCGGAUUCGCAUCAGCUGGCAGUCUCCCAGCAGAGCUAUCAAUCAUCGGCGUACCAUCCCAUGUUCUAAAUGUGUCAUUCAGUACCUCCAACCAAACAGUAGAGGUCCACCCAGGCAAAACGCUCAGCAAAGGCCAAACCGCAGACCAACCCCAUCCAAACCUGAACGAGUCAGGAUCCGGCAUCAAGCAAAAUCAAAAAUACGUCUUCAUGAUGAUAGACCCAGACACCAACGCCACUGACCCUCUCUCCGUCGCAUUGCACACGAUAAUAUCCAACGUCAGCACCUCAGACUCGAAAGGGGACGUCGUAGCCGAAUAUGUCGCCCCCAUGCCGCAGGGUACAUCACCGCACAACUACACACUAUUACUCUUCAGCCAGCCAGAUAACUUUAAUAUCCCCUCUACCUACGACUCAUAUUUGCCUUUGAAUCUGUCAAAUGUCUUGAAUCGGGUCAAUCUCCCUUUACGGCCAUUCAUGAAUGAUACCGGACUGUAUAAUCUUGUGGCUGCGAAUUGGUUCCGCGAGGGCGCAAAUUCAUCGGCUACUGCUACGACUUCGGGCUCCGCAACGCCUACCGGGAGUGCGGCACAGACUGCUACGAGCAGUUCGGUUGCAAGCCUGGAAGCUAUUAGUGAAAAAACUGUCUUGGCGCUAGUUUCUUUGUUGGGGGCCGUUUGGAUGGGAAUGUAA